AUGAGAGCGGCAGCGGAGGAGACGAGCCUGGGGCGGCCCAAGACGGCGCCGCAGCCGGCGGCUGAGGUGGCUGCUGGCGACGACGCCGUGACAGGCGGGUUCGAUUUUGAGGAUGACUUUUUCUUGCAGGACGGGGCCAGCAGCGGCGAAGAGGCCGCGGCCGAGGAAGGGGGGCGCGGGCCGCCGCGGGCGGCCGGGCGGGGCGGCCCCGCGCGCACGGGCGGCGGCGGAGGCGGCGGCGACGGUGGCAGCGACACUGACGGCAGCUUGGGAGGGAGCGGCGAGUCGUCGGAAGACGAAGAGGCGGCAGGGCCCAGCGACGAUGCGGGCGAGGGGCCGCCGGCAGCGGCGCAGAAGCAGUGGGGCGCGCCUCGGAACGCGCCGCCGCAGCGGCAGCAGCAGGGCGGGGGGCCGCAGGGGCGGGGCAAGGGGGCACGGGCGGAAGGCCAGCCAGCGGCCUCGCGGCAGCAGCGGCCCAGCGGCCGCGGCGGCGGCCCAGGGGGCGAGCGCCCUCACAAGCCCAAGCCCUUUGGCCACUCCCCAGGGGCCGGCGGCGGCGACGACGAGCCGCCGCGAUGGGCGAGCAAAGACGGCAGCAGGGCGAGCGGCGGCGCGGGGAGCGGCCGCAAAGGCGGCAAGCCGUUCAAGCAGCGGCCACACGGCAAGGCUGCGGCCAGCCCCGCCGCCAAGGAGCCGCUGCGCAAGCGCGCUGAGGGCGGCCGCAAGCGGCGCAAGUGA